GCCUGACCUGCUGUGCUUCCAGGAAUUCCCUUGCCCCACGAUCCUUCGUUAUAACCUUCCUUCCUGCCUUCAACUCGAACGGGGAGACGGCGGCUUCCAGGCUCCGGGGUGGGAAGGGAGUGGGUAUCGACUUAGCGAGCAGAGAGGCAGCCAUUUUGAGACCUUACUAGAGAACGGAAGGGACCAUAUUGAGAACUCUGAAUGCCUGGGGGCCGCCAUUUUAAGAAUGGGGACGGCGGAGUAGUCCUGUACGGUAAACGCAGUUAUAUGGAGGCUGCCAUAUUGGCAAGAGUCACGUGGCUGCGGCCAUCUUGGAAAAGGAACUGCUAUGGGCGCGGCCAUCUUAGAAGUAAAACCUGCCCCUUUCACAGUAACCCGAGCCAAGCUCCUCCUCUCUAUUACGUACGAUUCCUUAGAGUUCGUCCUCCUGUCUGCGGCUGCCUUCCCGAGUCCCUUCCUAAAUCUACCCCGUACGGCCCCGUUCCUGGGGAUGGCACGCCUCCCACCUUCCGCACCCACCUCCAAAUCUAUUGACUGAUGAUCCUCUCCCCUCAAGAACGGUAACACAGGAGCCGGCCUCUGAGACUCUGGAUGACUUUAUUCUUCAGAUGGCUUUACCCUUCCAAUAGCUCCAGGGACUCUCUAUUCUCCAUAUCCAGGAAAAUGUGAUGAGCUACAGGUAUCAGCUUCGAGAUCACCACUUCACGUUCUAGCCACAAGUGAUUCGAGUGGAAGGUGCAGGGGUAGCGGAGGAACAUGAGGAAGAUGUCUAACGAAAUGGCAGACCAAAGAGAAGAAGGAGAAGCCGGGGAAGAAGAGGAACCACCAGCUGCCUCACCCCAUGGCCAGGGGUGGCGUCCAGGUGGCAGAGCAGCUAGGAACGCAAGGGCUGAACCUGGGGCCAGGCCCCCUGCUCUCCCAGCCAUGGUCAAUGACCCACCACUACCUGCUUUACUGUGGGCCCAGGAGGUGGGCUACAUCUUGGCAGGCCGUGCCCGCAAGCUGCUGCUGCAGUUUGGGGUGCUCCUCUGCACCAUCCUCCUCCUGCUCUGGGUGUCUGUGUUCCUCUAUGGUUCCUUCUACUAUUCCUACAUGCCGACCGUCAGCCACCUCAGCCCCGUGCAUUUCUACUACAGGACCGACUGUGAUUCCUCCACCUCCUCACUCUGCUCCUUCCCUGUUGCCAAUGUCUCGCUGGCUAAGAGUGGACGUGAUCGUGUGCUGAUGUACGGACAACCGUAUCGUAUUACCUUGGAACUUGAGCUCCCAGAGUCCCCAGUGAAUCAGGAUUUGGGCAUGUUCUUGGUCACCAUUUCGUGUUACACCAGAGGCGGCCGCAUCAUCUCUACUUCUUCACGCUCAGUGAUGCUACAUUACCGCUCAGACCUGCUUCAGACACUUGACACGCUGGUCUUCUCUAGCUUCCUGCUGUUUGGCUUUGCAGAGCAGAAGCAGCUCCUGGAGGUGGAGCUCUACUUGGACUACAGAGAGAACUCGUAUGUGCCAACGACUGGAGUGAUCAUUGAGAUCCACAGCAAGCGUAUCCAGCUAUAUGGAGCCUACCUCCGCAUUCAUGCCCAUUUCACAGGGCUCAGGUACCUGCUGUACAACUUCCCGAUGACCUGUGCCUUCAUUGGCGUCGCCAGCAACUUCACCUUCCUCAGCGUCAUCGUGCUCUUCAGCUACAUGCAGUGGGUGUGGGGGGGCAUCUGGCCCCGAAACCAGCUCUCUUUGCAGGUUAACAUCCGAAAAAGAGACAAUCCCGGACGAAGGCUCUCCACCCAUCAGCCAGGUGCAGGGCCCCAAGGCCCAGAGGAGCUAACUCAGUCAGAUGUUCCAGAGGAUGGUGAGAGCCCUGGGGACCCCUCAGGCACAGAGGGUCAGCUGUCUGAGGAGGAGAAGCCAGAACAGCAGCCCCCACGUGGAGAGGAAGAGCCGGAGCCCGAGACCAGUGAUGGUUCAGGCUCCUGGGAAGAUGCAGCUCUGCUGAUGGAGGCCAACCUGCCUGCCUCUGCGCCUGCGCCUGCCUCUGCCCCUGCCCUGGAGACUCUGGGCAGCUCGGAGCCCCUUGUGGGCACUCUCCGCCAGCGCUCCACCUGCUCUAGCUCCUGAAGAGGGCAGAUUCCUUACAUUCCAGCACUUUUUCCACCCGUUUUUCCCCAAUAAACUAUUUUCGUGCCAGCCACUUCCUUGACUCUCUGAGGUGAAUUCAGGGCAGUUAUUUGAAAACCCUGUGUUCCCUGGGUACCCCCUCGCCCCGCAUCCUGACUGAAGGAGGUUGUCAAGGGCUACCGAUGGGGA